AUGGCUCCCUCGUUCCCCCAACGCAAGCUCGGAGAUGCUUCUGUCUCUGCCAUCGGCCUUGGCUGUAUGGGCAUGUCGAUUCCCAGCCCCAAAGGCCUUCCCGACGAAGCCUCCAGCUUGGAGACCCUUACUGCUGCCGCGGAUAUGGGCGUCACUUUCUGGGAUACUUCGGACAUGUACGGCCCCCACCACAACGAGCAACUUAUCGGCAAAUGGCUAGCGCAGCACCCUGAGCGCCAUUCAUCCAUUUUCCUCGCCACCAAGUUCGGCUGCAAGAUCGAUCUGGCAAGUCGGUCCCUGACCGUCCACGGCUCGGCCGCAUAUGUGCGCGAAGCCUGCGACGCCAGCCUGAAACGACUGGGCGUCGACACGAUCGACUUGUACUACGCGCAUCGCAUCGACCCCAAAAUCCCCAUUGAGGAGACGGUGGGCGCGAUGGCGGAGCUUGUACGUGAGGGGAAGGUGCGCUAUCUGGGACUCAGCGAGUGUAGUGCGCGCACGCUGCGACGAGCGUGCAAGGUGCAUCCCAUUGCGGCGGUGCAGAUGGAGUUUAGCCCGUUUGCGUUGGAGAUCGAGGAUGAGGCGGUCGGGGUGUUGGCUGCUUGUCGGGAGUUGGGUGUCAAGAUCGUGGCGUACAGUCCGUUGGGAAGGGGUUGGCUGACGGGCGCAAUCAGGAGGAAGGAGGAUAUGGACCCCAACGAUCUACGGUUCACGAUGCAUCCAAGGUUCUCGGAAGAGAAUUUUCAGGGGAAUGUCAGGCUAGUGGAAGCUUUGGAAGUGAUGGCCAAGGAGAAAGCGUGCAGUCCUGGGCAGUUGGCUUUAGCUUGGGUGUUGGCCCAGGGUGAAGAUUUCAUCCCAAUCCCAGGCACGAAACACGUCAAGUAUCUGAAGGACAACGCGGGAGCCGCGGAGGUAGAGUUCUCAAAAGACGAUGAGAAGAGAUUUAGGGACAUCGUCGAGAAUGUGGGAGGAGCGAAGGGUGCACGCUAUCCCGAAGGGUUCCUUGCUUCGUGCUUCGGGGAGACGCCCGAACUGGGACAGGCCUAG